AUGUCUACCAAAACCACCAUCAGGAGUCAAACCAGCCACCGAGGCUUCAGUGUCGGCUCAGCUAGAGUCCCUGGGCUCAAACACUCUGGUUUCAGCAGUGUGUCUGUGUGCCGCUCCCGAGGCAGCGGUUGCUCUGGGGCCAUGUGUGGAGGAGCUGGCUUUGGCAGCAGGAGCCUCCUCUAUGAUGUGAGGAGUUCCAAGAGGAUCUCCAUUGGAGGAGUUGGUAGUGGCUUUGGAUUCAGUGGUGGAGUUGGCUUUGGUGGUGGCUAUGGGGGCACUGGAUUCCCUGUGUGUCCCCCUGGAGGCAUCCAAAAGGUCACCAUCAACCAGAGCCUCCUCACCCCUCUGAACCUGCAAAUCGACCCCACCAUCCAGAGGGUGAGGACUGAGGAGCGUGAGCAGAUCAAGACCCUCAACAACAAGUUUGCCUCCUUCAUCGACAAGGUGAGGUUUCUGGAGCAACAGAACAAAGUCCUGGACACCAAGUGGACCCUGCUGCAGAAGCAGGACACCAAGACUAUGAGGCAGAACCUGGAGCCAUUGUUUGAACAGUACAUUAGCAACCUCAGGAGGCAGCUGGACAGCAUCAUUGGAGAGAGGGGCCGCCUGGACUCAGAGCUGAGGAGCAUGCAGGAUACAGUGGAGGACAACAAGAACAAAUAUGAAGAUGAAAUCAACAAGCGCACAGCAGCAGAGAAUGAAUUCGUGACCCUGAAGAAGGAUGUAGAUGCUGCCUACAUGAAUAAGGUUGAACUGCAAGCCAAGACAGACAGUCUGACAGAUGAGAUCAACUUCCUGAGAGCUCUCUAUGAUGCAGAACUGUCUCAGAUGCAAACUCACAUCUCAGACACCUCUGUGGUCCUCUCCAUGGACAACAACCGUAGCCUGGACCUGGACAGCAUCAUUGCUGAGGUCAAGGCCCAAUAUGAGGAGACUGCUCAGAGGAGCCGGGCAGAGGCUGAAUCUUGGUACCAGACAAAAUACGAGGAACUGCAGGUCACAGCCGGCAGACACGGGGAUGACCUGCGCAACACCAAGCAGGAGAUCACUGAGAUCAACCGCAUGAUCCAGAGGCUGAGAUCUGAAAUCGACCACGUCAAGAAGCAGUGUGCCAACUUGCAGGCUGCUGUUACUGAUGAUGAGCAGCAUGGGCAGACAGCCCUCAAGGAUGCCAGGGGCAAGCUGGAAGGGCUGAAGGAUGCCCUGCAGAAGGCCAAACAGGACAUGGCCAGGCUGCUGAAGGAGUACCAGGAGCUCAUGAAUGUCAAGCUGGGCCUUGAUAUGGAGAUCGCCACCUACAGGAAGCUGCUGGAAGGAGAGGAGUGCAGGCUGAAUGGUGAAGGCGUUGGACCAGUCAACAUCUGUAAGUACUCUGCUGCCCACCUCCCCUUGUCCUGCCUUGUGCCUGCUGUGGUGCAGUCCACCAUGUCCAGAGGCUAUGGCAGUGCAGGUGGUGCCAGCAGCAGCCUGGGCCUGGGAGGAGGCAGCAGCUACUCCUACAGCAGCAGCCAUGGCCUUGGAGGUGGCUUCAGCUCUGGCAGUGGCAGAGGCAUCAGCGGUGGCCUCAGCUCCUCUGGUGGCAGCUCUUCCACCAUCAAGUACACUAGCACCUCCUCCAGCAGGAAGAGCUACAGGCACUGAAGUCCCUGCCACCAGAGCUGGUCCCUGAUCCCCAGACCCCUGGCUGCAGAGCCCUGUGCUCAGAGGCUGUCCCUGCUGGCCUCCCACCUCUGCUCUCUGGUUUGAGCUGAGGAGGCUGAGACCUUGCUGCUCCUCUGUCCCUGCUGGUUCCCCAUGCCUCAUCUUCUGAUUGUCAUCCUCUGACUUCACAUCACAGUUCACUCACAUUUGAUGCUUCAAGUUGUAUUUAGGUUUCCAGGCUCCUGCCUCCCUGUAUCUGUCGCCGACGAUACUUGUGAAAUGGUUUCCCUGUCCCUUUCCUUCUGGAAAUCAUUGUCUAGG